CUCUGAACAUAACAAGCUGAUUGAGAUCUACUGUCGUACUGAUCAAAUAUGUAUUUGCUCUUUGUGCAUGUUGGAUAAACAUAAAAACCAUGACGCUGUUUCAGUUGCAGCAGAAAGAGCUGAGAAACAGAUCCUCCAGAGAGGGGAGAGGGCAGCCGAUGAUCUUCUGGGCCAUAGUGACGACCCUCUGGAGUGCUUUCCUCUCUCCGACUGUGCAACUCGUAAACCACACCCAGAAACAGAAAAUGGCUGAGGCCAGUAUUUCAGCAGAUCAGCUUUCUGUGGACCAGUUCAUGUGUCCAGUGUGUCUGGAUCUCCUGAAGGAUCCGGUGGCUAUCCCCUGUGGUCACAGUUUCUGUAAGGUGUGUAUUAAUGGCUGCUGGGAUCAGGAGGAUCGGAAGGGCGUCUACAGCUGUCCUCAGUGCAGAGACACUUUCACGACAAGGCCUGUUCUACACAGAAACAACAUGCUGGAUGAAAUGGUGGAGAAACUGAAGAAGACUGAAGUCCAAGCUGCUUCUCCUGCUUACAGUUAUGCUGAACCUGGAGAUGUGGAGUGUGAUUUCUGCACCGGGAGAAAACACAAAGCCGUCAAGUCCUGUCUGAUGUGUUUGGCUUCUUAUUGUGAAACUCAUCUGAAACCUCACUAUGAAGUUUCUUCAUGGAAAAAACACACAUUAAUUGAAGCCUCAGCAAAACUCCAAGAGAAGAUCUGCUCUGAACAUAACAAGCUGAUUGAGAUCUACUGUCGUACUGAUCAAACCUGCAUCUGUUAUUUGUGUAUGUUGGAGAAACAUAAAGACCAUGACGCUGUUUCAGUUGCAACAGAAAGUGCUGAGAAACAGAGUGAGUUAAAGGAGGAGCAGAUGAAAUCCCAGCAGAGAAUCCAGGAGAAGCAGAAGAAGGUGCAGGAGCUGAAACAGGCUGUGAACACUAUAAAGCUCAGUGCACAGACAGCAGUGGAGGACAGUGAGAGGAUCUUUACUGAGCUGAUCAGCUCCAUGGAGAAAAAGCGCUGGGAGGUGACGGAGCUGAUCAGAGAUCAGGAGAAGGCUGAACUGAGUCGAGCUGAACGACUCCUGGAGCAACUGGAGCAGGAGAUUGCUGAUCUUCAGCGGAGAGUCACUGAGCUGGAGCAGCUUUCACACACACACGAUCACAUCCAUUUCCUCCAGGUAACACUCACUGUUUUAGCUUCUGGACGUCGCUCUCCUACAUUGAACAGACCAUCAUUUCACACAUCCAGCGUCACUGUCCAUCAACAUCUCUCAUUUGAUGGAGUGAGGAAUUCUCUCUCAGAUCUGAAAAAGAGACUCGAGGAAUUCUGUGAGGAGGAAUUCAACAAAAUCCCUCCACAUGCUGCAGCAGUUCAGAUCAUUUCAGAACCAGAACCACAGAGCAGAGAAGAGUUUCUGAAAUAUUUCUGUUAUCUGACUCUGGAUCCCAACACGGCACAUCGUCACCUCAUUCUGUCUGAGAAGAACAGAGUGGUGAGAUGGAGUGAGAGAGAGCAGCGUUACUCUGAUCAUCCAGAGAGAUUUGCUUACUGGAAGCAGGUGUUGUGUAAGGAGAGUGUGUGUGGACGCUGUUACUGGGAGGUGAAGUGGAGCGGUGCUGCUGUGUCCAUAUCAGUCUCAUAUAAAGACAUCAGCAGGAAAGGACAGGGUAAUGAGUGUGUGUUUGGACUCAGCAAUCAGUCCUGGAGUCUGUGGUGUUCUUCUUCUUCUCUCUCUUUCUGGCACAACAGCAUUAAGACUGAUCUCAGAGUUCCAUCAGCCUCCAGAAUAGGAGUGUAUGUGGAUCACAGUGCAGGAACUCUGUCCUUCUACAGCGUCUCUGACACGAUGAAGCUCCUCCACAGAGUCCACACCACAUUCACUCAGACUCUAUACGCUGGGUUUGGGUUCAGGGUUUCUGGUUCUACAGUGAGAUUGUGUGAUCCAGAAUAAAAGUGUGUAGUGUUUUCUGUAAAAUUUCUGCACGUUGCCACGUUGUUGCUCAGUCGUCUGUUUCACUAGAACACAAUCCAGCUGCACAAAACACUCAUUUUAAUAUUUAAAUUAAAACAGAUGAAUAAUUUAAAAUAAUUCAAAAGGAAGUGUUAAAAAUUAACUGUCAGACAAGAAACUCGUCAAAUUUAAAAAGAAAAUGAUCUCAUGACCUUCGCAUUAUAAAGUUGUUUGUUUCAUAUUAAGCAGUAUCUCAUUAAAUAACUAAUAAACAGUAAUAAAGCCAGAACAGAACAACAUUUUAAACCUGUUCAGGUCACACUAUAUAAAAAUAAAACAUCACUUUUGGAAUGAAUUUGAUUUUUCUGCUUGUGUUCUAAGAUGUAAAAUCCACAUUCACUUUUUCAAAUCUGAAGUUGUUUCUAAACCCUGAGAUUUGAUUGUAAAACAUUGAACAAUAUUUAAACUCCAUUAGAACAUCCAGUACAUGAUCGGUUCAGGCUGCCGAUGUCGUGUUCAUCCCAUAUUCAGCCUGGAUGAUGAUUGGCCCGCAGAUAGAACCUUAUAAAUCCAGGUUUAUCUGUGAGUUUGGGAUUUUUAUUCAAAUAUUACAAUCAAAGCUUUGCAGAAUAAAAGAUAAGAGCACAGGAGAAUAAAGUUUCCCCCAGUGAUGGAGUUUCUGUGCUGAACUCAUUUUCAGACAGAAGCAAAUUCAACCUUUUCUUGAGAGUUUCAGCAGCUGGAUAAAUAUUGUUCGGUAUUUUAAACUGAAUUUAUUUCACUGUGGGUGAAAUUGGCCGUCUAAGAUAACUACAGUGUGUAUUUGUUAGCGUUCUUCCAUCGUCAGUUAUUCUUACUUUUAUUUUUUUUUAUAUCAGGGAAUAGCUUCCAUUUUAAAAUAUUCCUAAUUCCUUUGUUAUUAUAUUUUCUUUCACCGAUUUUCAAUUCAGGCAGUUUGACCGACACCUUUGAAUAUUCAAGGGUAUUUUUUAUCGUGAAUCUUAAGGCAGGUGGAAUAGCUCUACAAAUUUGAUUAAAUUCUCUAUAGACACAUUUUAAAUGAAACUUUUCUACAAAUGAAUUAAAUUGCAUUAAAUGUCCAUUUUCAUCCAUUAGAUCAGUAAUAUCUAAAACUUUAUCAUUCCAUUCUUGUUGAAAUAAAGUCUUCCUAUUAAUAGUAAUGGUUCUAUUAUUCCACAAGGUUAAGUACGCUAGCAUUUGUGUACAUUAAAUAAAUAAUUUUGGUGAAAUUGGGCAGCCUUGUCUGAUUCCACGUUAAAUCAUAAAUUGAAUAAUUGAUUGAUUACCAAUCAUAUCCAGAAUCAGUCAGACGUGGUUUUGAAUAUAUCUUCCCUUCAUGAAGGCUGAUUGAUAUUCGUCUACAAGUUUUACAAGUCCACGCUUUAGACGAUUAACAGAUACUAAGGCAAGUAAUUUAUAAUCAUUGCAUAGUAAGGUUAUAGGUCUCCAAUUGUCUAGCAACAAGAAGUCUUUUUUGGGUUUUGGUAGCAAGGUUAUUAAGCCUGUCUUCAUAGUCGGGGAUAAACAUCCUUUGUGAAUGCAUUCUAAAAAUGCUUGAUGUAAUAAUUUUUUUUAAUAUCCACCCAAAAGUAUUUUAUAAAUUCAGAUGUUAAGCCAUCGAUUCCUGGUGAUUUACCAUUUUUCAUUUGCUUUAAUGCGAUUUCAAUUUCUGUUAUAGUUCAUUCCUCAUCAAGUGUAUGUUUGUCUUCAUCCUUUUUUUUUUUGAUGUCAUCAUUGAUGGGAUAAAAUAAGGCGUCACAUUCUGAUUUAUUAAAUUCAAGUUACAAUAAAAGAGCCAAAUUCCAUCCUGUACUCAUUUCUGAUCUUGUAUUAUAUUAUCAUUGGUCCUAAGCUUACUAAUUUUUUUCUUAGUUUGUCUUUGUUUUUCAAGUCCGUAGAAAUACAAUGAACUUUUUUCACCCUGUUUGAUCCAUCCAGCUCUUGAUCGAGUGGAAGCUCCAUUUGCCUUUAUUGUGUACAUUUCGUCUAGUUGAGACUGCAGUGACUGUAAUUCUGAAAUGUUUUCGAAGGAUAGUUGUGUGUUAUUUACUAAUGUAUUAAUUUUAUCAAUCA